AUGAUUAAAUCAAUUUUAAAGGGGAAAGAAACCACAGUUGAUCCAAAAUUUUUGCAUAGAUUAUUUGAAGAAAAUAAAUUUGAUAAUCGAUCGCUUUAUAAACCUGCAUUGAUUUUUGAGGAUGAGUUGGAAGAACGACAAACAACCUACUUUGACUUAAAUCAAAUAGCAAAUCAGCUUGCUAGACAGAUUCAAAAUGUUGUUAUAGAUAACAAUUUGCAAUCCAAUGGGAAUGGUGAUUGGGUUGUCGGUGUCUGCAUGAAUAUUUCAGAUUAUCUUGUAAUGACUGUGCUUGCAAUUUGGAAAGCUGGUGCAACAUAUCUUCCAAUAAACCCUCAAUUCCCUCAAAAUCGUAUCGAACAUAUUUUACAAGAAGCAAAGCCUUCGAUUGUAAUUUACGAUGAUUUUUUUCUAAAUCCCGAAUAUUUUCAAUCAGCUUACAAUGCAAAAUUUGAUACUUUGUUGAAAGAUAGUGAAGAUUUGAAUUCGCAUAACAUUUCUGAUGAACACAUGCUGAUUAAAGGUUGUCCAACAGCUUUUAUUUUUUACACUUCUGGAGCUUCAGGAUAUCCACAAGGGAUUCGAAUACCUCAUCACACUUUCUAUCACAGAAUUAUGUGGCACAUUGAUUCACAUCCUUAUGGCGAAUCUGAAGAAAAAUGCGUGUUUCAAACUUCACUUGCAUCUGUCGAUCACGUUGGUGGAAUUUUUUUGCCACUUAUCUCGGGUAAAACUUUGAUAAUCGUAAGAAAAGAAAUUGUUGAAAACUCGAAGAAAUUUGUUGAUGUUCUGGAAAAAUAUCAAAUUGAAAGAGUUCACGGCGUUCCUGCUUUACUUCGUGAAGUUCUUAUGUACUUAAAUUCACUUGAAGAUAGCGAAACUAAAUCUAAACUUGCGUGUUUGAGAAUGUGGAUUUCAUCAGGUGAAACUUUAACUCUUUCAUUGGCAAAAGAUUUCUUCAAAUAUUUUGAUCACGGGCGUCAAAAACUUGUGAACUUCUAUGGCUGUACCGAAGUCAAUUGUAACAUUUCCAGUUACGAAAUUGAAACAAAUGAACAAUUGAUGAAUCUUGUCAGCAUUCCACUUGGAGUUUCCUGUCCAAAUACCAUGAUUUAUAUUUUCAAUGGCGAUAAACACGUUGCAAAGGAAGGUGACGUUGGCGAAAUUCAUGUUGCUGGUGUUGCUGUAGCAGCUGGUUAUGUUAAUGAAGAGACGUCAAGUCAUGGCUUCAUGAAAAAUCCUUUUGAAAAUGAAGCACCAUAUUCAAGCAUGUACAACACCGGUGAUUUGGGAUUCAUUAAACAAGGACUUUUAUAUUUUGCUGGUCGGAAUGAUACACAAAUCAAAGUUCGCGGUCAGCGUGUGGAAAUUGCAGAAAUUGAGAAGCAUGUCUCCGAUUUAAAUUUCAUUGAACAGUCAGCUAUUCUUGUACAUCAUGCUGGUCACGUUGAUCAGGCGCUUGUAGCUUUUGUGAAAUUAGAAAUAAAUUCAUCAAAAUCUCCUACGGAUAUUGAAAAUGAGUUGAAUUUGAGAUUACCACGUUACAUGGUCCCACGAAUUGUAUUAAUAGAAGAUUUCCCGAAACUUCCGAAUGGAAAAGUUAAUCGAAAAGAACUUUUGAAAAUCUAUAAGAAACAAAGUGAAACUAAUACAAAGUCUUAUGACACUGGAAUGGGAUUAGAACAAAUUCGAGACGAUAAUAUUUAUGAAUCAGGUGACAAAUCUCUUAACAUGAUGUCAACUAUAUCGAAAUUAAACAUGAGUGGGACUGAAAUUGGAAUCACAGAUUUCUUAAAAGCUCAAAAUCUUGGUGAACUACUUAAUUACAUUUCGGUGAAAGAUAAAAAGGAAGAUAAAAAUAUUGACGUCACACUUUUAACUGAUAUGAAGCUUUAUCGUGUAUCACUCAAUUUUGAAGAUCAAAAAGAAUGCAUAGAUUUGUUAGCUGAUUCAUUUCUUGAUAGAGGUGAUCUUGAUCGAUUCAUUAAAGACUUGAAACUUGAUCAUUAUGUGGAAAUUUUCGAGCGUGUUUGGCCUGAAACAGUGACACAAGGGUUAAGCUUCGUGGUGAAAAAUGAAGCUGAUAAGAUUUUAGGUGUUGCAUUAUGUUAUUAUGCGUUGGAUGAACCACCUGUCUAUACCUCAAGUCCGUUGAAAUUAUUAUUUGACUUUAUAGCUUCAAUUGAAGAACCAAUCAUAGAGAAAAAGAUUGCUGAAUCAUUCAAUCCACUCUUACACUGUUUGUUCAUGGCAACAGAUGAAAAUUUGGCCACACGUGAUAAUAUCGCCCUCAUGUUGUUUCUGGAAUCUGAAGUUAUAAAUACCGCAAAACAGAAACAUUUUCGUGGAAUUGUUACGACAAACACAAAUUUGUUAUCACAGCAAUUUUCAGAAUUGUUUUUCGACUACCAAACUGAAUAUGAAAUUUGUUUGAAUAAGUAUGUUGAAAUGAAUGGAAAUCGACCAUUUGAGACUGCUGCUGAUAACAGUAAAGCUUUAGUUAUGUUUAGAGAAAUUUCUGAUGAAUAAAAUGAAAAAUUCAAUCAACAAGAUUUCCAAAAAAAAAUUUAUUUUUAUGAAAGGCA